AUGUAUUUCUUGCUCGAACUCUUUCCAGCUUCGAAGAAUCUACUAGCUCAGUCCUCCUCCCGCGACUCUUCCUCUGCUUCAAAAUACAAAUUCAGGCUUCCAUCAACCGCUAAGAGGAAGUAUCUUCUUCGAAGACCUCAGAAUGUCGUCUACAUUAAUCUUAAGGUAGACAUUUUAUGGUUGACAAACGCCGAUCUUCAAGAAUUUCAGCUUAUGCUGGACAAGCCCGCAGAAGCUCGACAACAUCUCUCUGGCAGUCAACUCUGUCGAAGAAUUGCAGUUCCAUGGAAAUGCUUCGAUAGUAUUUUCAAACCAAUCGCGACGGUGAACGCCGAGCAUAGCUCUCUCCUGAGGUCUCUAUGCAGAGCAAGAUUGCAGGAGGUGAUGUUAGUACUCAAUGAACACCAGAGGUCGAACCGAGACAAAGUUGUGUUUUCUCCUGCUUGCCAUCGCCACCCGAUUCUGGGUGGUGUCUACUCAUUCGGCAUCUUCAUUCACAGUCUAUGCAAAAAUGUCGACCAGGGACUUAACAACACAAAUGCAGAGUAUCGGCGCUUGGAGAGCCCUGGAAAGACCGAAUUGGAAAUUCUCGGGGGCAAAGUAUUGGAGACUUUCGAGAGAACAAGGCUACAGAAGUGUAAGGAGGUCCAGGACCUAAGGGAUCUUGGGCUGCGGCCUGAUGAAUUUGAUAAAGAACUUGAGAAGAAAGGCCUCAUUGGCUAUGAGUACUGGAAGGUACCAGCAUUCAGAUUUGUAUGGGCAUGCUCAACAUCUUGCAAGGAAGCAAGACUAUGA